AUGAGUGAUAUUAAAAGUCUGGACGAGGAGUUAAUGUCGCUCCAGGGAAUGACCGACGCGAAUCCCGGGGCUGACGACGUUGAUAUGGAGGAGAAUGAGGACGUGGACAAGAGAUCAGUCUACGUCGGAAACGUCGAUUAUUCCACAAAACCCCAAGAGCUACAAGAGUUCUUCAAGUCUUCUGGUCAAAUUAAUAGAAUUACAAUCAUGGUGGACAAGUGGACAGGACACCCCAAGGGCUAUGCCUAUAUCGAAUUCUCUAGCGAAGACGCCGUGAAUAAUGCGGUCAUGCUAAAUGAGUCGCUAUUCAAGGAAAGGAUUAUCAAGGUCACUCCAAAGCGCAAGAACAUUCCGGGACUCGGCCGAAAGAGACCUACCGGAAGAUCCAGGGGUAGAGGACGCUCUUUUAACAGGUAUGUUGAAUGCUCAGUAUCCGAAUGA